GGUCACGUUGAACAUUAUAAGCUGAUCAGGUCUACAACGAAUGAUUCAUAGACUUACGAAAUUAAUCAGUCGCCACCAUAACACUAAUAUCAGUAAGAUGACUGGUCGAUUGCUGCUAGCAUUUGACUUUGAUCAUACAAUGAUUGAAGAGAACAGUGACUUGUGGGUGAAGAGACUUGCCCCAGGGGGGGUGCUUCCUCAGGAGAUCGAGGACAAAUACAGUGAUGAUGGCUGGACACAUUAUAUGGGGACAAUUUUUGAGUACCUCUAUAACAUAGGUGCGAGACAGCAUGAUAUCCAGAAAUGCCUCACAGAAAUCCCUCUGACUAGUGGAUUUAAACAGCUACUGGAUUAUGCACACAAACAGGGACAUGAUUGUAUAAUUAUUUCUGAUUCCAACUCAUUCUUCAUUCGAUACAUCCUAGAGUGCUACAAUUUAGAAAAUAUUAUUUCGAAAGUUUACACAAACCCAGCAGAGUUUGAUAAAGAGGGUUGUCUGAAAAUUGACCUCUACCACCAUCAGGACUGGUGUAAUCUCAGCACUGUGAACUUGUGUAAGGGCCAUAUUCUCACAGAACAUAUCAGGGAGCAGGCUGUACUUGGUCAUACCUAUAGUCGUGUGGUAUAUGUUGGGGAUGGCUCCAAUGACCUUUGCCCCGCCCUGACUUUGUCAGACAAGGAUUAUAUCUGCCCAAGAGUAAAUCUACGCCUUUGGAAGAAAGUAAAUGCCAUUCUCGCCGGUGAUGAGAAGUUUAAAAAGUACAGUCUGAAAGCAAGAGUACUGGAAUGGGAAUCAGGAACAGAAAUUUUGAAAAUGAUCAAAGAACUGGACUCGGAAGAAGUAUGAUUUUCCUUGUGGGAUAUUUCAUUCAGUUACAAAUCUAGACUUAAUUUACCUACCAUAUGGAGCCUGCUGUGUAAUCUAUCGGAUAUGAUUUUACAUAUAAGAUUUUUGAUUAUCCACAGGGUUUUCCAUUAAAGGACAGACUUACUUGGGAUCCUAGAUUGUCCAAUAAUGACAAUAAGUGAUGGUUACUGGGAAUAUCAGAUUGUCCAUCAUAUGACAGAAGUGAUGGUUAGUGGGGGUAUCAGAUUGUUCAUCAUAUGACAGAAAUGAUGGUUACUAGGGGUAUCAGAUUGUCCAUCAUAUGACAGAAGUGAUGGUUAUUAAGGGUAUCAGAUUGUUCAUUAAAUGACAGAAGUGAUGGUUACUAGGGAUAUCAGAUUGUUUAUCAUAUGAGAGAAGUG